UUACUUGCAUGUUAAUGUUGGUACGAAUUAAAUUUGCUAAAGCAAAGCAGCAGAAUUCGGAAGGAAGCAUUUCUCUUUUCUGGCAUUUUCGUCACAUUUUUCUAAUUUUCAAUAGCAGAAGAAAACAAGCAAGGAGAUUUCGGCAUUUUAAUUCUUUGACGUGAUAGUAAUUAAUGGCAGACAGUGACGACGAGUACGACAGAAAACGCCGCGAUAAAUUUCGAGGCGAACGCUCGGAGGCGACGUAUCGAAGUGCCGAGAGAUCAGUUCGUCCCCGAGACGACUGGCAGGAAAGGGAUGUCUGGUCGAGACCGAGACCGAGGGAGUAUCGAGGUGCGAUACGAGAUCGAGGGUAUUCGCCGAGUCUCGAGCCGCAAGCGAAACGUUUAAGGCACGAUUAUUAUGGCGAAAGCUACUACAAUCACUAUCAACCAUAUCAUCAGGCCGCUCACAGAGCCGCUAAUUUCUUCAGAGAACCACCGCCCGUGGCCGCUUCAGAAACGCAACCGGUUAUGAUGUCAUUUAAAGCAUUUCUCGCAGCUCAGGAUGAUAACAUUUCCGAUAGCGAGGCGGUGGAAAAAUAUAACGAGUAUAAGCUGGAGUUUCAACGUCAGCAGCUUAAUGAGUUCUUUGUUGCUCAUAAGGACGACGAAUGGUUCCGAUUGAAGUACCAUCCUGAGGAUUCUGUUAGGCGAAAGGACGAGCAGAUGAACUCUUUAAAGAAACGUCUAGAAGUCUAUAUGGAUCUUCUAAAUAACAAAAAGAUCAGUGCUGUUUCCGUGGAUAGUUCACAAACCAACGAUUUGCUAAAACUCAUGGAUACUGUCGUUAUUAAAUUGGAAGGCGGGGGAGAGGAGGACGUGGAAGCGCUAGAACAGGAGUAUAUGGAAAUGGAAAAGAAGGAACAGAAGCCUGUUGAGGAAGUCGCAGAGAAGAAGAACGAGGAAGAGAAUGCUGAACAGGUUUCAAAAGAAGAAGGCGAGAUAGAACAAGGGGAAGCCAAAGACGCCACUAAAACAAAUGGCGAAGCUGAAAUUGAGACAACCAAGGGCAAAGAAGAGGGUGAGCACGAUUACGAGGACGGAGAGGAGCAACCCAAGGAGGAAACCGUCAAUAAAUCACCAGAGAAAAUGGAAACGGAUGAGGUACCAGAAGAGGACAAGAAGAGCGACGAGGAGGUGAAGGAAGACAGUCCCGCUCCGGAAAAUAAGUCGGAUGAAACUAAGCCCGGCAAACCGAAAGAGAAAGAAAGAAAACGGAAACGCUCCUACUCCGGGAGUAGCAGUAGUUCGUCCAGUGAAAGUCAGGACAGCGACGAAGAGAAAGAUGACGAUGAACCGCCCAAGGUUCUUGUUAAAAAGGAGAAAGAUAACGGAGAGGAUAAAGAGGUGAAGGAGGAGAAAGUUGAAAUGGUGGAGGACGACGUUAAGCCGGAAAAGCCGAAACUUCUGCACAAAACUACGUCGAUUUUCUUGAGAAAUUUAGCACCUACGAUCACUCGGCAAGAAGUUGAGGCAAUGUGUUCGAGGUACGAUGGCUUUUUAAGAGUUGCCUUAGCGGAUCCACAACCGGAACGGCGUUGGAUGAGGCGGGGCUGGGUGACUUUCAAACGCGACGCUAACAUCAAAGAGAUUUGUUGGAACUUCAAUAACAUACGUUUGCGGGAUUGCGAACUCGGUGCGAUCGUCAAUAGGGAUCUUAGUCGACGGAUUCGAUUGGUGAAUGGCGUUACCGCUCAUAAACAGGUGGUACGGUCUGAUAUACGAAUCUCGGCAAAGGUUGUCCUGCAUCUCGAUAACAAGGCCGGUCUGUGGUGUGAUGAUGACGAUAAAAACGAAAAACCACAACAGACUUUUGGAUUAGUAUCCAAUAAUCCCGUGCUACACAACAUCACCGACUACCUCAUAGAGGAGGCGAGUGCCGAAGAGGAGGAGCUGUUGGGACUGGAACCUACUUCGGAUGCAUCGGACGGCUCGGCGAUUGUAGAUCGCGAUGACGUUUUAAUAUCGGUCCUAGAUCGGAUAAUUUUGUAUCUACGCGUGGUGCACUCGGUCGACUACUAUAAUCACUGCGAGUAUCCCAACGAGGAUGAGAUGCCGAACCGUUGCGGAAUCCUCCACGCUCGAGGUCCUCCUCCAACGACAAAGACGGACCUCUCGCAAUUUAUCGGGGUGCCGAUCGAGGCAAAAAUGGCCCACUUUUUGCCCGAUAAGACCAAUCGUGAGGAGAACAAGAACGACGGCAAGCUAGUCAGUUUGGCACUCAAGGAUGUCGACAUGGAAAUCGAUAAGUUUGUGCAGGCAAAUACGAGGGAACUGGCGAAGGAUAAGUGGUUGUGUCCGUUGUCAGGGAAGAAGUUCAAGGGGCCAGAUUUCGUGCGUAAACAUAUCUUCAACAAGCACACGGAAAAAAUCGAGGAAGUUAAAAAGGAAGUGGAAUUCUUCAAUAAUUAUCUUCGAGAUCCGAAACGUCCAAUGUUAGAGCUGCAGCAAGCGAAAAAGGAGGAAACUACAGCUUACAGUCAUCCUGGCCGAUACUCCUUUUCUAGGGGCUAUACUGGUUCAUAUACUGGGUAUGGUGGUCCGCCGACAAGGUUUUACAAUCAGGGAUAUUCCAGACCUCGACCCUAUGCACCGACACGUUCCAGGGGAGGAGCCGGUGGUGAUUUUCGACCAAUUAUCCACUACCGUGAUUUGGAUGCUCCACGUGAACCGGAAGAAUUUAUAUAAACAAUUACUAUAAUGACAUUAUAUUCGUAUUGGCGUUCACUUUUUUGUUUAUUGUAAGCAAUAACAGGUAAAAGUACUUUAAGGUGGCAGAUUGGCAACCAUUUUAUAAUAUAACAGUUUAUUAAGCGAUGCUUCAAAAUUAUGUAUUAAUUUGUAAAAAUUUUGAUGUAAAGUUUUGCUGACAAGCAAAUAAAUUAUAUACAUAUUAAUUUUUUAAA